UGUCGACAUUCUCUCCAGAUCAUCGAGUGUCUUUUCCAUAUACAUGCACAUAAAUGUGAACUGGGGACGAGGAUUUAUAUUCUCAACCACUACUCAGCUGGUGUGAUCCUCUUUGGGAAAAGAGAAGAGGUCAUGAAGCACACUUUGUCAAAGAUACACUUUGACAGCUAUGGAGCCAUUGUGUCCUUUGUACAUGUAGACGGUAUACACUGGAAAUUUCUGUACAUCAAUGCUGAAGAAAGCACAGUGUAUUUGGCAGAUCCUGCACGCAACUCUGCAGAGCAGGCAGAGUCAGACAAUGCUGCCAACAAAUUCAGUGAUUACUUCAAAAUGAGGAGGACCUGCUGCAGUAAGACAGACUGGGUAGACAUAAAAUGGAAGAGAGGAGUAAUGAAACACCCAGUACAGCAGGAUGGCAAUAGCUGUGGGGUAGUUGUCUGCAUGAUGGCAAAGGAGGUCAUGGAAGUCUUUCCUAAAACACCAACAAUGGCCUUUGGGACCACAAAAAAGGAGAUGGCGCAUCAAAGAAAAGUGUUGGCCAUGGAAAUACUGACAGCAUCAGUGUUUGACAAAGAAGUCAACUGUGCCAUGUGCGCCGGCAUAAAACCACCCGGCUCAGUGCCACAUCACACCCACACUGACUGGAUUCAGUGUGACAGCUGUUUCCGGUGGUGCCACACACAGUGCCUGCAUAUGGACCAAAAGUCUCUUGAAGAGGCACAAGUUGGGGACUGGGUUUGCUCUCUGUGUGACAAAUAAUGUUUGUGCAUGAACAUGCGGUUGCUGUAUGUCCUAUAUUAACAAAAAAAGGCACCAGCUGGGGACUGGGACUCCAGACUUUUCCAAAAAGCAGGGGAUGUGGUUGCUGUGAAAGAGUUUUCAUUUAUAUGCUCAAUUUGAUAUAUUUAGAAUAUACA